UGCUGGGCCUCGGUCAUGCUGGCCAACGGGCGCGAGGAGGUGGUCAAGUCCUGCGUGUCCCUGCCCGAGCUCAACGCCCAGGUCUUCUGCCACAGCUCCAAGAACGUCACCAAGACCGAGUGCUGCUACACCGACUUCUGCAACAACAUCACGCUGCGGCUGCCGCUCGCAUCGGCGGACCGGGCGGGCCGGGCGGGCCGGCGGCCGGCGGCGCUGGCGGCGGCGGUGGCGGUGCCGCUCUGCGCCCUGGGGCUGCUGGCCGGGCUGCUGGCCACGGCCCGGGGCCGGCGGCGCCGCGGGGCCAAGCCACCCAACGUGGAGGAGCCGCUCUGCGAGGGCAGCCUGCUGGGCUCCGGCAAGACGCUGAAGGAUCUCAUCUCCGACAUGACGACCUCCGGCUCCGGCUCGGGGCUGCCUCUGCUGGUGCAGAGAACCAUCGCCAGGACAAUUGUCCUGCAGGAAAUUGUGGGCAAAGGACGGUUUGGCGAAGUCUGGCACGGGAAGUGGUGCGGGGAGGAUGUGGCUGUGAAAAUCUUCUCCUCCAGAGAUGAGCGGUCCUGGUUCCGGGAGGCGGAGAUUUACCAGACAGUCAUGCUGAGGCAUGAGAACAUCCUGGGCUUCAUCGCUGCCGACAACAAGGAUAAUGGGACGUGGACUCAGCUCUGGCUCGUCUCCGAGUACCACGAGCAGGGCUCGCUGUUCGACUACCUGAACAGAGGCACGGUGACGGUGCAGGGCAUGGUCAGGCUGGCGCUGUCGGUGGCCAGCGGCCUGGCCCACCUCCACAUGGAGAUCGUUGGCACGCAAGGGAAGCCGGCGAUCGCACACCGGGAUCUGAAAUCCAAGAACAUCCUGGUGAAGAGGAACGAGACCUGCGCCAUCGCCGACCUGGGGCUGGCGGUGAAGCACGACUCGGUGCUGAACACCAUCGACAUCCCCCAGAACCCCCGCGUGGGCACCAGGAGGUACAUGGCCCCCGAGAUCCUGGACGAUGCGAUGAACACCAGCAUCUUUGAGUCCUUCAAGCGUGCAGACAUCUACUCCCUGGGGCUGGUGUACUGGGAGAUAGCCCGGAGGUGCUCUGUUGGAGGAAUCACUGAGGAAUACCAGUUGCCUUACUAUGACCUUGUGCCUUCUGAUCCUUCCAUAGAAGAUAUGAGAAGGGUUGUCUGUGAACAGAAGCUCAGACCAAGUAUUCCAAACCAGUGGCAAAGCUGUGAGGCGCUGCGGGUGCUGGGCCGGCUGAUGCGGGAGUGCUGGCGCGCCAGCGGCGCCGCGCGUCUCACGGCGCUGCGCGUCAAGAAGACGAUCGCGCAGCUCUGCGCGCCCCAGGAGCCCAAAGCCUGA